GCCCCGCGCCCCCCCCUUCUCUCCCCCUUAUUCCCCCCCCUCCCCAUUCCCCGCCAUGGCACGGCCCCCCCCACGCCUCUCUCCCCCCCCUCCCUCCUCUUCCAGCACCCCGAGGCCGGUGUGAAUGAGGUGUGACCCCCCCGGCCCGAUCCCGCCCGUUCCGUGCCUUGCCCGCACUCUCAGCUCGGGGCCGGCUCGGUGCACGCAGACUGCUGGGCUUCUCCUCGUUAUUUCGCCUUUUUUCUCCCCCCUUCCAUCUUUUUAAAUAUUUCUUAAUUUUUUAACCUCCCCCCCCCCCCCCCACCUCCCCCAACUCCCAUUUACUCCGCAUCGCCAUCACCAGCCCCGAAGAGAAACCGAGCAAACCCGAAGCUGCACCCUACACCCACCAACCAACCAACCCACCCACCCUCGCAUCGCAGAGGAAAUCCUCACCGUCACCCGUCUGUAUCACCCGGAGAGGGGGGGAAGGGGGGAGGUGGGAGAUCAGCCCACCUCUGUGCUGGGGGGCAGAGCCCUCCCCCUCGCCCCCCGGCCCUCAGCACCAUGAUGUUUCGUGACCAGGUCGGCGUGUUGGCCGGCUGGUUCAAGGGCUGGAACGAAUGCGAGCAGACUGUUGCGCUGCUUUCGCUGCUCAAACGCGUGAGCCGGACCCAGGCUCGUUUCCUGCAGCUCUGCCUGGAGCACUCGCUGGCGGACUGCACCGAGCUGCACGUCCUCGAAGGGGAGGCCAACAACCCCGGAAUCAUUAACCAAUGGCAACAGGAAUCCAAGGAUAAAGUGAUUUCCCUCUUGUUAACCCACCUGCCUUUACUGAAGCCCGGAAACAUCGAAGCAAAAGUCGAAUACAUGAAACUCUUGCCUAAAAUCCUGGCCCACUCGAUCGAACACAACCAACACAUCGAGGAGAGCCGGCAGCUGUUAUCCUACGCCUUGAUCCACCCGGCCACCUCGUUGGAGGACCGCAGCGCUCUGGCCAUGUGGCUCAACCACCUGGAGGACCGCACGUCAGGGACCUUUGGCAGCCAGGGUAGGGGCCGCUCGGACUCGGUGGACUACGGGCAGACGCACUACUAUCACCAAAGACAGAACUCCGACGAUAAACUCAACGGAUGGCAAAACUCUCGAGACUCGGGCAUAAGCGUCAGCGCUUCCAGCUGGCAGGACAAAAACCUGGCCUGCGAGAACGGCCAUCUGCCCCUCUACUCCUCCUCCUCCGUCCCCACCACCAUCAACACCAUCGGCACUAGCACAAGCACCAUUCUCUCAGGCCAGACACACCACAGCCCUUUGAAACGCUCUGUGUCCCUUACCCCACCCAUGAAUGUGCCAAACCAGCCUCUAGGACAUGGAUGGAUGUCUCAUGAGGACUUACGAGCUAGAGGACCCCAGUGCAUCCCUUCCGAUCAUGCCCCCCUGUCUCCACAAAGCAGUGUAGCCUCUUCGGGAAGUGGUGGGAGUGAACAUUUAGAAGAUCAGCCUUCCGCUCGUAACACAUUCCAGGAGGAAGGGAGUGGUAUGAAAGAUGUUCCAGCCUGGCUGAAGAGUCUCCGGCUGCACAAGUACGCCGCGCUCUUCUCACAGAUGACGUACGAGGAGAUGAUGGCCCUCACUGAAUGCCAGCUCGAGGCACAAAACGUUACCAAAGGCGCGAGACACAAAAUAGUCAUCAGCAUCCAAAAGCUAAAAGAAAGACAAAACCUGCUCAAAUCAUUAGAAAGGGACAUCCUGGAAGGUGGCAACCUGCGUGUCCCGCUGCAGGAACUACACCAAAUGAUCCUCACCCCCAUCAAAGCCUACUCUUCCCAAAUCUCCAGCCCAGAGGAGCACAGCCGGGACACGGACUCUCAUCACCCCCCAUCCCUGCUGGGCUCAGACAGCCAGGGCUCCGAUGGCAAGGACUCUGCAGCAGGGGCCAUGCAGCAGCAUCACCUGCCGGGCUGUGAGGGAGAGUCGGGGGGCGGCCCUUUGCCUGAAGGUGACCUGCCUGGACAGUUCACAAGGGUGAUGGGGAAAGUGUGCACACAACUUUUAGUUUCCCGACCCGAUGAAGAGAAUAUAAGCUCCUAUUUACAGCUUAUAGACAAAUGUCUAAUACACGAGGCGUUUACAGAGAUCCAGAAGAAACGGCUGUUGUCAUGGAAGCAGCAGGUGCAAAAACUCUUUAGGUCUUUCCCUCGGAAAUCCCUCCUGGAGCUGUCGGGCUAUCGGCAGCAGCGGAGCCGAGGCUUUGGGCAGUCCAACUCCUUACCAACAGCCGGAUCCGCCGGGGCAGGGCUGGGCAGGCGAAACCCCCGCCAGUUCCAGAUCCCCUCCCGCAACCUCCCCACCGCCCGCCUGGGGCUGCUGGGUCCCAGUGGGCUGCUGGGCACCCCACAGCGCAGCCCCGCUGCCAGCCCCGCCAUCCUCAAGCAAGGCAGACAGAACCUCUGGUUUGCCAACCCUGGGGGCAGCAACAGCAUGCCCAGCCGGAGCCACAGCUCAGUGCAGAGGACGCGCUCGCUGCCGGUGCACACCUCCCCACAGACCAUGCUGAUGUUCCAGCAGCCAGAGUUCCAGGUGCCGGUGACUGAACCUGACAUCAACAACAGGCUGGAGUCCCUGUGCCUGAGCAUGACGGAGCAUGCGCUCAGCGAUGGUGUCGACCGGACCUCCACCAUCUAGAGGAGGACAGCCUGAUGGCGGCGGUGCUGAUGGGAGAAGAACUGCUGCGGGUCCAGCGGAGAGGUCCGGGCACGGGAGCCUCAGCGACAGCUUGCAUCCUUUCUGUCUUUCUCUCUCUUCCUCUCUUUUCUCCUGUUUUAAUUCGGUGAACGUGUAGAUUGUCCUUGUGAACAUACCAUUAGACUUGGAAUUUGUGUUGUCCUUUCUUACAUCCGUGCUAUAAAUGAAAAGGGGGGAGGGGAGGGAAGGAGUGGGGGAGGGGAUGGCAAAGAUGGCAAAGAAAGAAACAACGCUGAGAAAAACAAACAGCAAAAAAUGCCUGGGGUUGUGGCAGAGAAGUGCUGUGGUUUCACCAUGGGCAGUGAAUGUCACCUGUGUGUGACCAAAGCCCAUAGGGGAGCAUUUACCAUAGGGGACCCCGCGGGUGCUGCCAGAUGCCCGGUCCUUGUCCUCAUCCCAUUGGGGCCGGGCUGUAGCCUAUGCAAAAAAAAAAAGUGCCCCUUGGGAUGGAUGGAAAUGGCGGCUUAAUUAUAAAAACCAAAACCAAACACACACACACAAAAAUAAGCAAAAACAAACCUGCCUUUCUGUUUUGCAAAGAGCACCCGACGCAGAGCUCCAUCCAUUGGUGCGGUGUCGUGGGGCGCCCCGUCCUGCUGCCAGGUUGUGUCUGUCUGUCCGGCCGCCAUCGAGGCAGCAGACAGUGAAGGGCCGGGGAUGUCGGUGAGGGGCGAUGCGGUGAGCAGUGAUGUCUGGGUAUCAUGUCUUGUGUGUGUGGUAGCGGGAAGGUGCUGCAUCCUGGGUUUGCACAUCUGCUCGGCCUGCCCAAACCAAUGGCCACCAGAUGAGGGGACGUUCUGGAAGAGCAGAGAACCAAAACUAAAAAAAAAAGUGGCAUAAAAAGUGUCAUGGAGGGGACAUGAAUGAUGGUGGCCACCCUUCAUGGCCUCAGUGGAGGAAAUGCAUUAACACCUAAAGAAAUCUGAAUGCUCAGUGUGGGAAGUGAAUGGCCGUGGUGCCCUCUGGAUGGGUUUUGCUGUAAGCACUGCAGUCUGUCCCUACUAAUGGAAUGCAGUGGGAUUCAGGCCCUACUCUCAUAUAUGAAGUGGUUGGGUUCCCAAUGUUGGCUCAACCCAUUACACCAAUGGGCAGCUCCAGUUGGGGUUUGCCCAGCAGUGCUGGUUGUGCAGCUCUCGGCAGAUGUACAAAUCCAUUGGCAAUGCAGCAUUUUUAAGUAGUUUUAUAUGCAUCUAUAUAUAUAUAUGUAUAGACAUAUAUAUAUAUAUAUAUAAAGAAGUGCCAAAUGCAAUGUUUUACGUUUGCUGUUCCUUGGUUUGCUGUUGACCAGGAGGUGUUGAGGCGAUGUUUAUGUGGGGGAGCGGAGAAAGGAGAAGCAAAGUAGGGAGUGCUAUGGGACAAGCAGGGCAGGGAGGUACGAGGAAGGCCCAAAAUCCUAUUUAUUCCUUUGCUGAAUAUAGAAACAGAGGUUAUCCGAUUGUUAAGAGAGCUUAUUUUGGAUAUAUUACACACAAACGUGCUAUGGCUGGUAACCAUGAUGGUGUCUGUUAUUAACAACCAACUAAUCAUUCGGGGUUUUUUUGUGUGUUGUUGGGGUUUGUUUGUUUGUUCUCUUUCUCAAAGCUUGUUUUCCAUGGGCAGUGUAUGGGUUAAUGGCUCUUCCGUCGUGUUUGCUGUUUCUUGUUGUUUUAAGUAAGGAAAAGUGGCUUCGGUUUCCAUUUUGGAAGUCCCUCCUGGCUCUGUCGGAGCCCUGCACUGAGUGCAGGUAACAGCAGAGCUCUUGUUCAAAGGAGCGAAUCCAAUCCUGACUAUUUAUGAGAAGACACAACACGUGCCAAAAAAAAAAAAAAAAGAAAAAAAAGAAAAAAAAUUUAAAAAAAAAAAGAAAAAACACUAAAAAAAAAAGGAAAAAAAAAAAAACCCCAAACCAGUUGCAUGAAUAAGGCUGUGAAGUCAAAUAUUUAGUAAUAACGCGGCAGUGCCUUUCUUUUUUGUAUUCACCCAUUUCCCUCCCCACCCCCCUUCAACACGUGCAACUGUUCCCUCCACCCGCGGCCCCGGCAGCUCCUGGUGCUGCUGCUGCCCCACACCCUGUACCCACAGCCCCGCUGGGGCAGCCCUAUUGGGGCCGCGACGCUGAGGAUAAGCCCAUUUCUUUUGAGGUGUCGCCGUCCCGCUGGGGAUGAGCCCUUUGCUGAGCCGGGAGAGGGGCAACCCGAUGCUUGUUGGCUCAUAAUGAAGUCUAACAUUGGGGAGGGGGGUCAUCCCGGUGCACCCCCCACCACGCUGUGAUCCCGCAUCGUAGGGUCCGGGUCAGCACUUGGCGUUGAGGAUUAAUGGUGUCACUUUCCUCCUUGGGUCGGGCUGUAUUUCGGAUGUGCCUGAUGGAUAAAAAAGUAGGUCCCGCAGACGUCGUUAUUUGCACACACACACACACACACACAUACACACACACAGAGCUACGAGAACACUAAAAGUUGCUUUUAUACGAGUCAUCAAGAGUUUGCAAAAGUGAGUUUUAUUUUUUGUAUUCCUUUAUCUUUACUUAAAGGUGAAUGUGUAUUCCUCUGGGAGGAAUAGGAAGAAAAAAUAAAAUAAAAAUUAAAUAAAUAAAUAAAACCACAACCAAACAGGAAUGUUAAUAAUGUUAAACAGAAUAACUUCCUCCCUUAUUAAUAUAUAACCCUUCUGUAUUUAUGCCUAUUGUAAGCUGGCUUCCAAGAGCUUUGACCUCUCUUCUGUUGCAUGCCGUUCCCGGGCAGCCCUUUAUUGUACAUGCAUGCCUUUAGUCCUGUUUCCUCUGUACAAAGUUAGUGCCCACAAAGAGAUAUUUUUGCCUAGUUCAUGUUGCCGAGCAAUGCCUAUUUUUUCAGCUCUUGUCAUAUAUGGAAAUAGCAUGUUUGUUACAUGUUACAGCUUCCCGAUAGCCAGAAAUACUCAUGUUUGGAGAUGCUGGUCUUUGCAAGUGUACAGUUUUCCAAUGUUGUUACCGGUGAAACACCCUCGUGAUUUCAACUUGCUCCAAUGUAUUUAUUACUCAUUUGCUCCCGUGUAACUAGGAGUCAUGGCUAUAUUUCAUAUCGACGUUAUAUUGAAAGUGAAGGGAGAUGAUUAAUACAAGGUUUUGUAACA